AUGGGAAACAACAGCAGCUCCACAGUGGAUGAUCUACAGGCUGUCGAGAUCCACCACUGGUACAAGAAAUUCAUGACAGAGUGUCCUUCUGGACAGCUGACAGAGCAUGAAUUUAAGCAGUUCUUUGGGCUUCGAGGGCUGGAUCCAGAGGCCAAUAAGUACAUCGAGCAGAUGUUCCGCACGUUUGAUAUGAACAAGGAUGGAUAUAUUGAUUUCAUGGAAUAUGUGGCUGCCCUCAGCCUCGUUCUCCGAGGGAAGAUGGAGCAAAAAUUGCGGUGGUAUUUCAAGCUCUAUGAUGUAGAUGGCAAUGGCUGCAUUGAUCGACAUGAACUGCUCAACAUCAUUAAGGCUAUUCGAGCUAUUAAUGGUGGUGACCAUGAAACUAGUGCAGAAGAGUUCACCAACCGAGUCUUUGACAGGAUUGAUGUGAACGGCGACGGUGAACUUUCUCUGGAUGAAUUUGUGGAGGGAGCAAGAAAAGAUGAGGAGUUCAUGGAGGUUAUGAUGAAAAGUUUGGACCUGUCACACAUUGUGGCCAUGAUAAACAACCGUCGGCAUAGUGUAUAA